GGCGCAGUUUGCGGGGCGGCGGGAGCUGCCCGUGGGGCUGAGGGCGGCGGGCCGGCAGGCAUGGAGGCGGCGGGCGGCGGGGCCGCAGGCUUAGGGUCAGCCCCGCACUUGUCCGGACAGGGCAGAGGGGUGCCCCUGGCUCUUUCGGACAGCCCAUCUGGAUGCUGCCGCUCCUGACCUUACCCCCUCUACUGUUCCCUGGGGACUGCUGGUUCCUUCUGGCAUGGCAGCAGGUGCGGCGUGGCAGGGAUGAGCCGGCAUCGGAUGUUCGCAGCGGUGAUGCGCCUGCUCCUCAAAUGCCUGCGGCUGGGCCGGCGGCGGCGAUUUAAGCUGGUACGGCAAGUGGAGCAGCUGUGGCGCUACGGGCGCCUCUGCCUCCGCUCGCUGCUCUACAACUCCUUCACCAACGCCGACGUGGUGCUUGACUCCCUCUUUGAGCCUGUCUACUGGCUGGUGGACCACGUCACCCGUUGGUUCGGUGUGGUGUUUGUGGCACUGGUGAUCGGGCUGACGAGCUCCAUAGUGGCCAUUGUGUACAUCUGCCUGCUGCCCCUCAUUCUGCAGACCUACACACCUGCCUGGAUCUGCUGGCACCUCGCCUACGGACACUGGAACCUCCUCAUGAUUGUCUUCCACUACUACAUGGCCAUCACCACCUCACCUGGGUACCCACCACAGGCCAAGGACGAUCUCACGGGCGUCUCCAUCUGCAGGAAGUGCAUUGCUCCCAAGCCGGCUCGCACCCAUCACUGCAGCAUCUGCAACAGGUGUGUGCUGAAGAUGGACCACCACUGCCCCUGGCUGAACAACUGCGUGGGGCACUUCAACCAUCGCUACUUCUUCUCCUUCUGCCUGUUCAUGACCUUGGGCUGCAUCUACUGCAGCAUCAGCGGCUGGGACAUGUUCCGGGACGCCUAUGCAGCCAUCGAGAGAAUGAAACUGCUUGAGAAGGAGAGACUGCAGGUGGCUGCCAACCAGACGUACUACCAGACCCCACCACCCACCUUCUCCUUCCGCCAGCGGGCUUUCCACAAGAGCAUAGUCUACCUCUGGGUCCUGUGCAGCUCGGUUGCAUUGGCCCUGGGUGCCCUCACGCUGUGGCACGCUGCCCUCAUCACCCGUGGGGAAACCAGCAUCGAGAGGCACAUCAACAAAAAGGAGAGGCAGAGGCUGCAGAAGAAAGGCAAGGUGAGCACAGUGUCCAGAGCAGGUGGGCGAGCUGGAGCAGAGCCGGACUCGAUGUGUCUCUCUGGCCUGCAGGUGUUCAGGAACCCCUACAGUUACGGCAGCUGGAAUAACUGGAAGGUGUUUUUGGGAGUGGACGUGCCAAGACACUGGCUCACCCGGGUUCUGCUGCCCUCUCCUCACCUGCCCCAUGGAACAGGUCUGAGCUGGGACCUCCCUCCCUGCGUGACAGAGCAGCGUGCACCGCUCCUGGCCAUCUGAGGUGCGGGGCCUGGGUGCUGCAGUUGUCCUUGCCCUGCAGGCAGGGAAGCGCAAGACCACCACUGUCAUCCUGUUUGGCCCAAGCACCUGGCUGAAGGCAGAUGCUGGCAUGUGCUGCUAGCUGGAGCGAGAGCCACUGAGAGCUCUUUGGACAGUGUCGAUGCCGGAACGCCUGCUCUGAUGGCUCCUUGGUGGCUGCAGGCAGCCCCCAGGGAAGGGGGUGGGCACAAACUGGUGCUCUCCCACGAGCUGAAGGUGCUGCCCAUGCUACACAUAGGUACAGGCCAGCACAUGGCCUAAUUUGGUUCUCUGGAAACAGCUUGUGCAGGGCUGAGCUCAGAGGACGGUAUACUUCCCCCCAACCAAGUACUUGCCACUGAGCCUUUUUAAGAAUGUAAGAACACCCAAUAAAUGGUGGUUUGGUUUUGU